AUGUCUUGCCCAUCAAUGAUUCGAGUAGCCACUGUCCUUACAAACCAGCUAAAAGUGAACAUAAGCAAGGCAGGAGACAUACGUCUAUCAGGAAUUCAAGGAAUUUUUCUGGACAUCAUUCUCCAAGCCCUGAAUUUGCAAUUCGAACUCGUCAUGGUCGAGGACCAAGAAUGGGGUCGCCUGUUGCCCAGUGGCCAAUGGACAGGUAUGAUAGGAAUGCUCCAGCGAGGCGAAGCUGACAUUUCUAUCAAUUUGAUCAGCAUGACGGAACAAAGAACUAAAGUAGUAGAGUUCAGCACAGUUUAUGCAACUGAUGAUUUAACGUUCGCUCUUAAGAAACCUGGCAUGGCACCUGCAUCAACAGCCCUUGUUCAUCCAUUUGACACAGCUGUCUGGAUUUUUACACUCGCCAUUCUUCUGCUGAUGCCGCUAGUAUUCCAAAGUUUAUCUGGCACUAAAUGUACAUACUCUGAAACUUUUCUCGUACUUCUGGGAGCAAUGCUAAAACAACCUCUCUUCUCCACCAAUAAUGUUUUAAGAUAUAGAAUACUGGUUUGUUCCUGGUUAAUAUUUGCUCUUAUUCUCUCUUCCAGUUAUUCUGCGGUCCUUUUAUCCCUGUUAAGCGUCCCUAAAGAAAUGCCUGCCGUUCAGGAUUUUGAAGAACUUUCAAAAGCGGUGGCUGAAAGUGGUUAUAAAUGUUUCGUUUCUAAAGGUUCUUCUACUUUGGAUUUUCUUGUCAAUAAUGAAAAAGAACAUUUGAGAUUUAUUGGUGAAACUGUUCUUCGUAAUGCUUGGUAUAGGAAAGAUCAUCCAUUAAUGCAAAGUCCACAGAUUGACUUAAGAUCAGCAACUGUUCACUUUAGAAUGCUUCUACAAAUGGUGGCAGGUAAAGAAGUGUGGAAAAAAGAUUUCUUGUCUCUUGAUUCCCUUAAGAUGGAUAAUGUUGCCAUACCGAUGAAAAAACAUUUUUGCCAUAAAAAGAAGCUAAAUGAAUUAAUAACGCGUAUUAAUCAGGCGGGACUUUACAUGAAAAUUAUCACUGAUGAAACUUUCAGAUUAUGGCUGAAUUCCCCUGAAAAGACGAUAGUGGAUAAUUCAGAAUGGAAGCCUUUACGCUAUUGUGAUCUUACAGGUGCUUUUGUUUCACUUUUUAUAGGAUUAAAGUUAGCUUUUGUGUCCUUGAUCUCUGACCAUCUCGCCACCAUUGAGCAAAGCAGUAUCGGCAUAUAUGAUUUAUAUCUAUUGGGAUUUCUAGUGGUUAAUUUUAUUUGA